GGGAGGAGUUUGCGAGGGGAGGCGCCUGCAGGGGCUCCCCCAGUUCUGCGCUGGGAGCCCGGGCACAAAGAGCCUUCUGCACUCGCGCCGCAGGACUGUCGACCCGAGGUGUCCAGCGUCCCGUGCGCGGCUCCCAAGGGCUGGACAGGGCCAGACAACCGCCUUCGUUGAGAAUAAAGGCAUCGAUAACGGAGUUCCAGACAUGUCACAAGGCCACCACGGCCCUCACAGCAUCAAAGGAGUAACCAAGAUGACCUUUCCUCUCCGGUGCACCCGCGGGACCGUAGAGACCAGCAUCAGGCCCUGCACCCCGUCCACCAUGAGAGCCGUAUGCGCGGAGACCUGACUCUCAGAGAGCACAGCCAGUUCCUGGGGCAGAAGUGAGAGGAGGGGAUGUCUGAGAGCUUCUGACGGUCAAGACCACGUGGGAAGCAGCCUUGCAGAUAAGUAUUCAAGCUGACCAGCCCGCAGCCGACCAGCCUGCCCUGUGCUGGUCUGUGCAGGGAAGGUGGUAUCCCGGGACCCCCAGUGGGAGGGGAGAUUGGUGAUGCAGCUCAUUCACUUUCCUCCCUCUCUGCCACAAAGAAGGGGCUGGUCCCCACUUUCUGGGGCCCCGCAAUGGGUCAUUUUCGCACCCCGCUUGUGGCCUCGAGGCGAGUAUUUUAUAAACGCCACCAUCAGGAAGUUGUGAGGAGCUGAGUUAGUUACUUCACUGCACGCGGAGCUGGCAUCAGGAGGAGGUGGGGGGACUCCCAGGGGCUGGCCUGCCUGCCUUCUGGGUCCUGCCCCUUUGUCAUCAUGUUGCUAAGACUCGGCCAGGGCUCCUCUGCUAGGCAGUCGCGUGGGGACCCAGCACCGCGCCUGGAGGGCACAUUCUUCUCAGGGCAGGGGGCUCAGUACCCCUGCCCCACGUCCUGGACCCGUACCCAGUCCCCGUGCUGACAGCAAGCUCUGGAAAUUGGCUGGUUAGCGGCGAGUCCUGCCCAGGUCCGGGCCCGGGGAGGGGCCUGGUUGCGGUUUCCUCCUGCAGUGUGGUUGGCUCUUCUGUCUUCCAGGAUGGGCCUGUGGGGGUCCACGUGGGAGCCGGGAGCUGGGCCCGGGCUGCCAGCGCGUUGGCUGGGCGCUGCCGGCACCAACACCAACGGAGCCCUUCUCCCAGCCUGCGGAUCCGGAUGUGAACACCAGGCCCGUGCGUGGUUCUGUCCUCUCAGAUCAUCCCGUGACCAUGUGCCUGAUCCCAGUCUCAUCAAGGGAGUGAGCUCCCCGUCCUGGGAGGUGGCUCUGCAUGCUCAGGACUCCGGCCUGGUCUUGUCUUUGGAGCCUGGGGGACCUGGCCGCAGGGAUGCAGGGAGCAGCCUUCGGCGGUUUUCCGGAAGCCUGGACACUUCUCCCAAGACCUUAGUGGAUGCAGACUCUCGUGGAUGGAUAACGGGCCGCCUGGGCGAGGAUCAGCAAAAUCAGGACCUGGCUAGGGAGGCCGGCUCGAGGGUGGGAGGGCAGCCCAGCGGCCCGCCCUCCCCUUUUGGGCCUUCCUGUCUGGGCCUGGCGGUCACUUCCCGACCUUGGGCAGACUUGGCUCCCCUUGAAUCUCUGAGGGAGCCUGGCCGGGGCAGAGGCCUUGACUGCACCCUCCCCAAGACCAGGUCCCAAGGACCCUACCAAAUGCAGGGGCGGGCAUGGGAUGGGAACAUGGGAUGGGAGGGAGGGCGGAUGCGGCUCAGUGGGCGCCGUCGCUGGCAUCUGUCUUGUGCCAUUGGCCUUGUGAGUGAUUCUCAUUUCAGGGCCGCCUUUUGGAUGGGGAUUUUCCGGGCACCUCCUCUCUUUGAUGGUCACUGGGAGGAGGCAGUCAGGGUCUCGGCGGAGCCUGGGCCUUCUCCCCAUGUUAUGGGCUCCUGGAGGAGCAGCUGGCAGUGGUGGUGGUGGUGGGAGGGGGGCGGGGGGAUAGCAAUUGGUGUGCCAUCCUGAAAGGAGAGGGUUUGUUUCCCAGAGGGGAGGAGACCCAGGCCAGGGGACUGGCCGGAAGGAGACGGACACUGGGCCUUGUUCCCACCACCCGAAGGGGCCGGGCCGGGUCUCAGACCCCUGCUCCUUGCAACAGUCCUUGAUUCUGCCCCGGGGGGCAAAGGCAGGCGGGGCAGGCCCCACGCAGGCAGGCACAGGCUCACCUCCACGCCCACCUCCCCACUCCCCGUCCAUUCUAGCCGCGUCCAGAGGGGCUGCUCCCAGGGCACGCACAAGAGGUGCCAGGGAGCUCCCUGAGGCAAGCUGAGAGCUAGGCCUUGUUUUCCCAGCGUGGGAGGGGGCCUGUGCGAGUCAGCGCGAGCUGCCAGGACAGAUGGGAAGCACAAAUGGAUUUCCUCACAGUUCUGAAGCUGGAAGUCCAUCCGGGUGCCAGGGCUGCUUUCUUCGGCGGCCUCUCUCCUCAGCUUGCAGACGGCCACCUUCUUGGUGUCCUCACGUGGGCACACACCUGGGGGUGCGGGUGGGGAGGGAUCCAUCUGG